CUUGUCGCUGACGAUAUUUUUUGGAUUUUCUAUGGAUGCUCUUUAUUAUCAGAGGAACGCAUGACCAAAUCAAAAGAGAAACAUUAAAUAUUUUACUGAACGUGGCGUUAUAUAUCCAUUCCUGUAGUGGAUAGGAGGUCUUCUUAUUUUUUAGCGGCGUUAAUACUAAAACCGAAUUGGAUCGGUGUGUCAGCAGACAUGUCAUUCCCUCAUCUGAACCAGGUAGCCCAGUUGCCCCCUGGCAUUUCCCCCACACAGUUUGCUGGGUUUCCCACCACUGUUCCUACAGCAAAUCCGAUAAUCCCAGUCCCUGUGGGAAUGAUGACUCCUUUUCCAGCGGUUUUGGUACAAACUGCAGUGCCAGUGGUUCAGAAGCUGACUAAGGACUCCAUUGGCACCCGCAACAAGGACUCGGAGGAAGGUACAGGUAACAACACAGGACUGACCACCACAGUGUUUGUGGGAAACAUCUCAGAAAAGGCCUCUGACAUGUUGGUGCGGCAGUUAUUGGCGAAAUGUGGUUUAGUCCUCAGCUGGAAAAGAGUCCAGGGGGCUUCUGGAAAACUGCAAGCUUUUGGUUUCUGUGAGUACAAAGAGCCAGAGUCCACGCUGAGAGCUCUCCGACUGCUUCAUGAGCUGCAAGUGGGUGAUAAGAAGUUACUUGUGAAGGUGGAUGCAAAGACCAAAGCACAGCUGGAUACCUGGAAGGCCAGUCAGAGGAGACGAAAUGGGGCUCCUCAGACUGGAGAAGAGGCUAGAGAUGAAGAGGAGGUAGAGCUUCUGGACGAGGAGAUGAAGCGGCGUGAUCAGAUGGUGAAAGGUGCCAUAGACAGUCUGAUCCGGGAAUACUCCAGCGAGCUCUCAGCCUCCUCACAGGAUGCUGAAGCCCAUCAACGCAAGAAACGUAAAGAGAAGAAGGAGGAUGAUAUAAAUGCCAUGGGGCUGGAAGAUGACAAGCGAGACCUGAUUUCCAGAGAGAUUAGCAAAUUCAGAGACACACACAAGAAACUAGAGGAGGAGAAGGAGAGAGAACGGCAGCAGAUUGAGAAAGAGCGGAGAGAAAGAGACAAAGAGAGAGAACGAGAGAAAGAGCGACGUGAUCGGGAGAGAGAGAAGGAGCGGGAGAGAGAGAGACAGAAGGAGAGAGAAAAGGAGCGAGAGAGAGAGCGAGAGAGAGAGCGAGAACGAGAGCGAACGAAGGAGAAAGAGCGGGAGAAAGAGAGAAGUCGUGAUCGCAGUAAAGACAGAAGCAGAUCAAGGGAGAAGAGUCGAGAAGAGAAGAAAAGAGAGCGUGAGGAAGAUGAGGAGGAGGCGUAUGAACGACGGAAACUGGAGAGGAAGCUACGUGAAAAAGAAGCAGCCUAUCAGGAGCGCCUGAAGAACUGGGAGAUCAGAGAGAGGAAAAAAGCAAGGGAUUACAGUAAAGAAACAGAGAGAGAAGAGGAAAGACAUAGAGAGAUGACUAAAGAAGCCAAGCGCCUGAAAGAGUUCCUGGAGGAUUAUGAUGAUGACAGAGAUGAUCCCAAAUACUACAGGGGCAGUGCAUUGCAGAAGCGAUUGAGAGAGAGAGAGAAAGAGGUGGAAUUAGAUGAGAGGGACAGAAAAAGAGAGAAAGAUGAGUUGGAGGAGAUCAGACAGAGACUCCUAGCAGAAGGACACCCAGACCCUGAUGCUGAACUUCAGAGAAUAGAACAGGAGGCCGAGAAACAGCGGCAGCCUCCUCUAAAGCAAGAGCAGAGCGAGGAGGUGCUGCACAUCUCCCAUGAGGAGCAUCAGAGAAAAGAAGGCAUGGAGCAAGAGGCGUACUCCUCAGACAAUAACAUCACAGACCGAGAGGAAGACGAAGAGGAGAAUGAUGAUGACCGAGAGGUCAAGCCAUGCUUGAAGCCCACACUCAGACCUGUUCCAACGGCGCCCUCUAUCUCUUCAGCCAGUGGCAAUGCCACGCCCCUCACACCUGGCAGCGAAUCACCACACGGCGUCACGUUGCAUGAGAACGCUUCACAUGAGGCCCCGCCCACAGACGAGCUCAGGCCUAAAAUAGGCCUCAGUCUCAAACUAGGUACUGCAGGCAGUCCUAAAUUGCCCCAGGCAGGAAGACGAAAGGCUCUUGCUGCGGUGGACAGCGUCUUUAAUAAGUUUGAUGAGGAGGAGGCGGAGGAAGCACCCAAAAAGAGGAAGCUGGUACCUCUUGACUACAGUGAGGAUGAGAGGGGAGGCCUUAGCCUAGAUGGAGCAGAGGUCACAGGGUCACGGCCUGGUGUAAACACUGAAGAGAAACGAAAACAUAUCAAGAGUCUGAUUGAGAAAAUUCCCACAGUCAAACAAGAGCUGUUUAAUUAUCCACUGGACUGGAACAUGGUGGACACGACAUUGAUGGACAGGAGGAUCCGCCCCUGGAUCAAUAAGAAAAUCAUAGAAUACAUUGGAGAAGAGGAAGCCACACUAGUUGACUUCGUCUGUUCAAAGGUCAUGGCUCACAGCACGCCAGAGGGAAUUCUGGAUGAUGUUGCCAUGGUACUGGAUGAGGAAGCAGAAGUGUUCAUAGUGAAAAUGUGGAGGCUUCUGAUCUAUGAAACAGAGGCCAAGAAAAUCGGCCUGGUGAAAUAACAUGAACUGAGAGUGAUAGAAACAAGCAGGAGAGAAGUGAAUCUGGCUUCACUGUCCUGCUUUUAGAGCCUUUAACUUAAAGUAUGGUGGAUGAAUACCACAGAUUGAUGCACUUCAACUCUUCCUAUAUACUCCAGAGGAUUAACUGCACAGCUACUGGUGUGAAUGAGUGUGUGAAUGUGUGUGUGUGUGUGCAUGUGCACACUGAUGUGUGUGUGUGUAUAAUAGGCAUGUGCCAGUUGGUCUGACUGCAUUGCCAAAACCGUGUAAAAGUCGAAAGUUCUUUCAUGCCCAGAUUAAACGGGGAGUCUAGUUUGGUUGGCUGUUUUCCAUUUGACUUAGUUGUAGGUUUUAUUUAAUUAUUUUUUUCAGUCUCCAAUUUUUAGCACAACCAAUUUAAAUCAGCGUACAUUUUUUUCCUUUUAUUAUUUGAGUGAACUCCGUUAGAUUUGACUGUACCUGCCUCAUUAUUACAUUUUUGUGCUGUAUUAUUAUACAAACAAACAAUGUUUGAGUAAGGAUUAAAUAUUUCACUGUAAACAAGCUGAAUGAAGCCAUACCUGUGGAGAUAUGGGAUUUUCUCCAGGUUUGUCUGGUUUUGCGGCAGUGGUUUUGAAUGUGGUGUAUUUUGCACAUACCAGCCCAUCUGAAGGUUUGUUUCCAUGGUGAUUGAUUUGACUUUGAAAUAUUAAAAUGUCUGAUUUUCUAAACUAGAACCACUUCUGUUGCUACUUUCAUCUUUUUUGCUUUUAUAAUUCUCAGAUUGAAAUCGUUGCUGACCACAGGAUUCACCGAAAACAAUUCUAGUGAAAUUUCUAAGGGUGGCGCAGUUACUCAGGGAUGCCG